UGCUCUGCUCGUCGUGUAGGUCACACGUGUGCGGUGGCGUGUCCUCAACGAAGAAGCUACACAACUGCCGGCCGCGCGGCACGUUCCCCUCCUUCACUCAAACCCAAACCGCUCUGCCCACUCCUCCCCUGCACUCUCUACCACUUCUGACUUCUCCAAGCCAUGGCCACGCUGCAGCUCAACCACAUCGCGCGGGAGACCGCCGACGUGCGGGGCCUCGCCGCCUUCUACGAGGAGGUGCUGGGCUUCGAGCGCGUCCCGGCCCCGGCCUACUCCGGCUUCCAGGUCGCCUGGCUCCGCCUCCCGGGCACCCCCGACGUCGCGCUCCACAUCAUCGAGCGGGACCCGGCCACCGCGCUCGCCUCCUCCCCGGGCGCCCUCGGCGCCACGCCCGACCAGCUGCCCCGGAGGCACCACCUCGCCUUCUCCGUCGCCGACUACGACGGGUUCGUCACCGUGCUGAAGACCCGUGGCACGGACGUGUUCGAGAAGACGCAGCCGGAUGGCCGCACCCGCCAGGUCUUCUUCUUCGACCCCGACGGCAACGGCCUAGAAGUUACAAGCUCAAGCCCAGGCGAUAAGUAACCUGGAAGCAUCAUAUGAUCAUUCUUCCUACUUCAGCAGUAACCGUGUAAUGAUGCCUUGAGACUGAGAUGAUGGGAAGUGCAGAAUCUUAGGGAGCAUUUCAGGAUCAUGUUUUAUUUUCAAAUAAAUAAUGGGCUUACUACCUGAGCUAUGUAUGCCUGUCUGUCUACAUACUUGUAACAUGAAUAUGUAUAUCUGUCACAGAAUGCUGUUGUGUGUUACUGUAUCAAGUUCUGUUAGCUCCGUUCUUGCCCAGCAAA